AGGUGUUUCUAGUGAAGAAGAUUAUGGGUCCAGAUGCGGGAACAUUAUACGCCAUGAAAGUGUUGAAGAAAGCAACGUUAAAAGUACGGGACAGGUUAAGAACGAAAAUGGAAAGAGACAUCCUCGCUGAAGUCCGGCAUCCAUUUGUGGUGAAGCUGCAUUACGCCUUCCAGACUGAAGGAAAACUGUACCUAAUUCUAGAUUUUCUGAAGGGUGGAGAUCUUUUCACGAGGCUAAGCAAAGAGGUCAUGUUCACUGAAGAAGAUGUGAAGUUCUACUUGGCCGAGCUCGCUCUUGCUCUUGACCACCUGCAUGGCUUAGGAAUCAUCUACAGAGAUCUCAAGCCAGAGAACAUUCUUUUGGACUCUGAUGGCCACAUAAGCCUGACAGACUUCGGUCUGAGCAAAGAAGCGCUCAACGACCAGAAGGCAUACUCAUUCUGCGGCACCAUCGAAUACAUGGCACCCGAGGUCAUCAACCGUAAGGGUCACACAAUGGCUGCUGACUGGUGGUCUUUUGGAGUACUCAUGUUUGAAAUGCUGACAGGUGGCCUGCCUUUCCAAGGUACCAAUAGAAAGGAGACAAUGAUACAGAUACUCAAGGCCAAGUUGAGCAUGCCACAGUUCCUCAGUCCCGAAGCACAAAGCCUUCUUCGAGCGCUGUUCAAGAGAAACCCGGCGAAUAGAUUAGGCUCCGGUCCAAAUGCAAUCGGUGACAUUAAGGCACACCCGUUUUUUGCCACUAUCGACUGGGGGCAGCUUUACAGAAGGGAAGUGGUGCCUCCCUUCAUACCAGCUGUCUCAAGGCCGGAUAACACACUGUAUUUUGACAGAGAAUUUACAUCGAAGACUCCAGAAGACUCUCCUGGAGUGCCACCAAGUGCCAACGCCCACGAGUUGUUUCGAGGAUUCAGUUUUGUGGCGCCUAGUCUGACUGAGGAUGAUUAUGUCAAAAGCAAGGACAAUCAGUCCUCCAAAUGGUACGGCCUUUCCUUCAAGGAAGCUAUCACAAAGGAAUACGAGCUGAAGGAGGACCUUGGCUUAGGGUCCUAUUCGACUUGCAAGAGGGCUGUGCAUAGGGCAACUGGCAAGGAAUAUGCCGUCAAGAUCAUUGACAAGUUCAAGAGAGACUGUCAAGAGGAAGUGGAAAUACUGCUGCGAUAUGGCCAGCACCCUAACAUACUCACCGUUUACGAUGUUUACCAGGAUGCCGCCUCUGUGUACAUAAUCAUGGAGCUUCUCAAGGGUGGGGAGCUCCUGGAUAGGAUCCUAAACCAGAAGCACUUCAGUGAGAGAGAAGCUAGUGCUGUACUGGAAGUGAUUGCAAAGACAAUGAAGUUCCUACAUGACAAUGGGGUGGUUCACCGCGACCUGAAGCCUUCGAACAUCAUGUAUGCAGACGAAAGUGGUAGUCCGGAGAGCCUGCGCAUUUGUGACUUCGGCUUUGCAAAGCAGAUGCGUGCCGAGAAUGGACUACUCAUGACUCCUUGCUACACGGCCAACUUCGUGGCGCCUGAAGUGCUCAAGAAGCAGGGCUAUGACGAGGCCUGCGACAUUUGGAGUAUGGGUGUGCUGCUGUACACCAUGCUUGCGGGGCACACGCCCUUUGCGAAUGGACCGAACGACACACCAAACCACAUAUUGGCCCGGAUUGGAGAAGGGAGGUUUGACCUAAUGUCUGGAAACUGGGCCAAUAUCUCAAGUCCUGCAAAGCAUCUAGUCCAAAAAAUGCUGCAUGUGGACCCAAAGCAAAGAUACAGGGCAGCUGAUGUCUUGGGACAUGCCUGGAUUGUGAACAAGAAUAAUCUUCCAGUCAGCAGGCUUUCCCAUCAGGAGCCUCAUCUGGUGAAGGGUGCCAUGGCAGCCACAUUCAGAGCUAUCAACAACUACCCCAAGCCCCCAAACCUGGAACCCGUUGCGGCUUCAGAACUGGCCAGGAGACGUGCCAACAAGGCACGGCACCAUUCGUCCACAGAGGUCUGACAGCCCUCUGCUCUUUCCCGACAAGGGAAGACACACAAGCAAAAGAAGACAUCGACUCUGUUGCCUUUAGCACACGUUCAGUGACAGCUUCCUUGGACUCGUCGGUUGAGGGUUUGGCAUGCAUUCGUUGGCCAUCCGAAUCCCAUUCUUAUGUUCACACGUGUGUACUUGCCUUUUUGUUGUUCAUUGUCACCGAGUAGUAUACUUUCAUUAUUGUGAACUUUUGUUCGAAAGAGACAGGCCUCUGCAAUGAAUUGCAUGGGACAGUGCAGGGUUAUGAAAUGCUGUACCCUUGAAACAAGCUGGCAAAAAAAGGAAAAAAAUAGCUGCCUGGGCUUCAAAGAGCUCGAAAAGUGCCUCUGUGCGCAGGUUAGCAUGAGUGGACGCGAACUGCUGUGUUAAGUGUCCUGUUUUUGACCCGCGGAACUGGUUGGUGGCUAGAGUCUCUUGCUUAGUUCCACUUGACACCCUAUAGCGUAUAUAAUAAAAGAUAACAUAUGUAUAUGUGUAUAUCUAUGUCCUACAUGUUAAUCAUGUGUUUUUUUUUGUCACUGAAGUACCUAAGGUUAUGUGCCAUCAGAUUUUUUAUAGGCAAAGAUUGAUUUUUGCUAAUAAUUUUAAGUUUUACUCCUUCAGGAACCUUGCUUUGUUCUCAUGCCCCCCACCCCCUUUUUUGUAUGGUUUCUAAACAGGAGCUCGGCACGUUUCUUCAGAACCAUGCUUCACAGUAGUAGGUUAUAUUGCAGAUCUCGCGUACUUGAGCGAUAAGCAAUGUCCAGAAAGACUGGCAGUUGUCUUGGGUGGCAAGAAGAAUGCAACAGGCAUAGCAUCUCUGCUUGCAUCAGUGUGGGCCGCUGUUCUUCGGAUGACUGUUGUUAGAAAUUGCUCUAUCCGCUUGGUAUCCAUGUGCAGCACCAUUUGUGUUCUACAGUGCGCUCUAAAAAGAAGAAAGCAUGGUGAAAGUUUUGUUUGUGUGUGUAUGUGUACAGAUGUUUUUCAAACCACUCAGUUGUGUUUACCUGCUGUGUAUUUCUCUGUGUUCUGUAGUAGUCUUAGCUCACUGUGAAGUGGUGUUGCCAGGUGUUCAGCAAAUGCAGUUUUUCAUCUAUGAACUUCCUCUUCCUACUUUGUUUGCUGAGCCUGCCACUCCUUUCACGUGUGCUUGAGCCGUGAAUGUUGUGCAAAGAGUGAACAGCUUGGCACUAAGUGCACGUCGUGUAUGUUUGUUGAAUGGAAAAAAGGCUGAACUAACAGCAAUGACAGAACUAGUGCAGGGACCCUCAACAACGUUUCAUUUUUAUUCCCUUUGGGCAUAUCUAUUUGACAAACUAGAGGCAACAGCUCCUGUUAGAACAGAGAGAACACAGUGCACUUCUUUAGUUUAACGGUUUUGAAGGAGCACAGUGAAUAGCUUUAUUUUUUUUUAGUUCAGCUUUACAUGCAGCAUUGUACACAUGCCAUGUUUUGCUUGCUAUUCAGCUACAUUUGGUGCAUAUAAUGUUAUGUUACCUGAAUGGUUCCAGUGAAAAUUUACUGUGCUGGAAAUGCAGAAAGCAUGCAGACGUUAGUGUUGUACUUUGUCUUGAAGACCAUACGUCCGGCAACAGAAAGGAAAUUUUGUAAUUAAACAUGGCAUUGCUCUAAGUGGGUUGUGCACCAAAAGUUGUUCUGCAUGGGACAACAGUGAUUACAGUGCUUCCAUAUUAGUGGAGCUAGCCACCCUUUUCGUAGGAGCCAGACGGUACACCUUGUGGUCAGUGCAUGCAAUGGCACUCGUACUGAGCACAGACGACUUUCAAUUGUCCCCCUUCUAUGCUGCUCAGUAGUGUGUGGGGUGCUUAAGAAGCAAGUUAGAGCUAUCAUUCCCAUGACGAAUAGCCUGCUGUUCCGACAGUUUAGGUGCAUCGUGGUUGUAAAUAGUCUGUGGACUCAAGUGCUCAUGUUCUGUUUUAGCGGCUGCCUCAUGUUCCGCUGCCUACAUACGUCUACAGGCUUCUGUGCCUGAAGAAAUAGCGGAAUGUCUGGCUCAUAGGAAUACGUUAAUGCUUUUUCUCGGAACCAGUUAAAUCUUGAAGUACUUGUUUGUUUCCUUCUCUCUCUCUUUCUUUAUUUAGAAUUCUAUUUAAUCUCGGCAUAUUCAGAGAAGUAGUCAUGUUCUGGUACUCAACUAGUUUGUAUUGUUGUUCCUCUCAAUUCUUUACCACGCUCUGUAAAAUUCCUGAAACAAAAUAUUGCCCUCCCAAAGAAGGCAUAAGGAGUGAAAUGGUGACAUAUUCCCAUAUUGUAUGCUUUCGUUGUUCAGCUGUUGAGGUAUAGGCUAUAGCUUUGAUUGAAAUUCAGGUGCCUGUCGAAGCAUGCAAAGAAGUGGCAGCUCAGAUGUGAAGACGGCAGCCAACUGGGGAAAGUGCCAACAAUAUGUAUUGUUGCCUAAGGAACCUCUGUAAGUCAUUGACUGCCCAUGAUGUAGCAGUCAAGUUAGGUGCAGUAGCAUGAUUUAGAAAUUAGUGCAGCAAAGACAGCAUAGCCACUUCGGUGGUCAAGAUGGCCCACUGUACACGCAUUGCAUUAUUCCUGCUCCUUCUGAAGUGCUUCACUUGUGCACCAUGUUUUGCUAGAAACUCAUUAUGUGGCACUAAGCACUUGUCGUAGUCUCAUUCCAGUGCUAAUGGCCGUCCAGGUUGACAAGGCUUGGAUGUCAAGACACCACAUUUCGACCACUGUCUCCUGUGUGUUGACAUUUAAUGAACGUCCUAAAAAAAAUUCCGUGCUGUGGUUCAUGUGUAGCUUUCUUGAAUGCUUCCCUGAACUACUUUUAAACUUUUGCAAUCCUUUAGACAGUGUGGAUGCCAUAUUGAAAGGCUGUUUAAUGAUGUACCAGGGAACUCCUUCUGCGAACAAAGCCUCAAACGAGAGCACACAUCUUUAACUUAUGCCCUGCCUUUCCUUUCACAAAUGUUUUUCGAAGAUGUGCCCACGCCAGGGUGCAAAAAUGCACUUGUGUGAAUGACGUGAAGUAGGAUUCCUUUGAUGGACAUGAUACUUAACUAGUAACCUAUUCUAUGCUUCUUUGCUGUCAUGUUUUCAUAGUUCGUUAGACCUGUAUUGAUGUGUUUUUUUCCUCUAAAGCAUUUGUUUGAUGACAUUGCUAAACAAUAAACACUUUGAUACAUUGUUGAC